AUGGCGUUCACAUGCGAUCCCAAGGACCCGCGCGCCCCCAGCUGGCUCAAGUGCGUCUGUCGCAACCUGCGCUGGGUGCCGUUCGUCUUCAUAUCUGGCCUCAUCUCGUUUGCCUACCUCACCGUCACCAUCUCGCUCGCGCUGCGCUACCACCUCGCUCGCAAGCACGAAUGGGGAUCUGCGAUCAUCGAGCUGCUGCUCUCUACUGCGCUCGCUGGCGGGGCAGUGUGGUCGUUCGUCGUUGCGGUCUUUCGCGAUCCGGGCUCUCCUGGCCGCUCAGGUGAUCGGGAAAGAUGGGGCGGUGCGCGGCCUGCGAGCGAGUACGAGUUGGACGGAGAGCCAGAGGAAGAGGCUCAAUCUCUCAUGCGUCGGCAACAUCCGGAACAGGGCCGGCCAUCUAGUGACUUGGAUCGCCACGACAGACAAGACGAGCAGGACGGUGGAGCUGCUCGAGCCGCGCUGUUCAGCGUGCCGAUUCCAGGCCAGCCGCAGUAUCCGGCGCGAUCGGGUCGGGAGCAGCUGGCGGACCUGCAGCUUCUGCGCAACCACGCCUCGUCGGCAACAGACGCGGCAGUCGAGCGACGCGCCAACAUCUGGGUCAAGUCGAGCGGCGAGUCGCGCUGGUGCAACAAGUGCGAUGCGCCCAAGCCGGAUCGCUCGCACCACUGUAGCACCUGCAAGCGGUGUGUGCUGCGCAUGGACCACCACUGCCCCUGGCUCGCCAACCGCUGUGUAGGCCUGCGCAACCACAAGGCCUUCUUCCUGUUCAUCAGCUAUACGGCGCUCUUCUGCGUGUACUGUUGCCAGGAGACCGCACGCGCGCUGCUCCGCUACGUCGAGUACGAGCAGAACGGCUUCGAGUCGAGCCCGAUCACGUGGGCGGUGGUGCUCUUCCUCGGCUUCAUCUUCGGUGCGAGCCUGGUGCCGUUUGCAGGCUACCAUGCGUGGCUGAUCUGCAAGAACCGCACCACCAUCGAGAGCAUGGAGGGCUCGGGGCGCAUCCGGCUGCGCGUCAAGCGCGAUGCGGCACGCGCGCGCGUCGAAGACCGGCUGCGCAGUGCCAUGCGUACGUCCACGGACGCGCCUCCACCAGCACAAGAGCAUCGACGCGGAGGAGAGGGCGUGUGGCGGAGCGACGAGCAUCUGACGCGCAACGAGCGGCGUGCGCUGAAAAAGGCGAGCAAGCUCAACGUGUACGACGUGGGCGCGCGCAGCAACUGGCGCCAGGUGAUGGGCGACGUGUGGUAUCUGUGGUUUGUGCCCGUCGGCGAGCCGCUGUCGGACGGCAUCGGCUUCCUUGUAAACACGCGCACGCUGCAGGAGCUCGAGCAGGCUACCGCCGCCAUCCGCGUGCGCGAGCCGCCAGCGCAUGCGCAUGCGCCGAGAGAAAGCGUGGAUGACGACUCGGUGUACGGCGACACGCACGCGAGUCGGUUCGGAUACAACGAGCAUGCCGACCACGUCGACCAGGCCGAGCGCGAUGACGGGCUGGAUCGGAGAGCGGGUCAGCGGUUCAACGGCGCGCAUGGCGAGAUGGAGUGGGGCGAUGCACCCAAAAAGUCGUUUGUGCUGUUUGGCGUGGACGACGACGACGAGCAUGCGUAG